CUGUUGCUUCGGCUGUCUCUGUCUGUCUGCCGGGGUCUCUGGCUGUCCCUGACUGGCUGGUGUGGGCUGGGGGUCUGCCCAGGGACUUCUUCAGCCGUGGUCCCCUCAGCCUCUCUGCCCCAAGAUGGGCCGUGGGGCUGGCCGUGAGUACUCGCCUGCCGCCACCACCGCGGAGAAUGGGGGCGGCAAGAAGAAGCAGAAAGAGAAGGAGCUGGACGAGCUGAAGAAGGAAGUGACCAUGGAUGACCACAAGCUGUCCCUGGAUGAUCUGGGCCGCAAAUACCAAGUGGACCUGUCCAAGGGCCUCACCAACCAGCGUGCCCAAGACAUCCUGGCUCGGGAUGGGCCCAAUGCCCUCACCCCACCCCCCACGACCCCUGAGUGGGUCAAGUUCUGUCGCCAGCUUUUUGGAGGCUUCUCCAUCCUGCUGUGGAUUGGGGCCAUCCUCUGCUUCCUGGCCUAUGGCAUCCAGGCUGCCAUGGAGGAUGAACCAUCCAAUGACAAUCUCUAUCUGGGCGUGGUGCUUGCAGCUGUGGUCAUCGUCACUGGCUGCUUCUCCUACUACCAGGAGGCCAAGAGCUCCAAGAUCAUGGAUUCCUUCAAAAACAUGGUGCCUCAGCAAGCGCUCGUGGUGCGGGAAGGUGAGAAGCUUCAGAUCAAUGCAGAGGAAGUGGUGGUGGGAGACCUAGUGGAGGUGAAGGGUGGAGACCGUGUCCCUGCUGACCUCCGGAUCAUCUCUUCUCAUGGAUGUAAGGUGGAUAACUCCUCCUUGACAGGCGAGUCAGAGCCCCAGACCCGCUCCCCCGAAUUCACCCAUGAGAACCCCCUGGAGACCCGCAAUAUCUGUUUCUUCUCUACCAACUGCGUUGAAGGCACUGCCAGGGGCAUCGUGAUUGCCACAGGUGACAGGACGGUGAUGGGCCGCAUAGCCACUCUGGCCUCAGGCCUAGAGGUUGGGCGGACACCCAUAGCCAUGGAGAUCGAACACUUCAUCCAGCUGAUCACAGGGGUGGCCGUGUUCCUGGGGGUCUCCUUCUUCGUGCUGUCUCUCAUCCUGGGCUACAGCUGGCUGGAGGCCGUCAUCUUCCUCAUCGGCAUCAUCGUGGCCAACGUGCCCGAGGGGCUGCUGGCUACUGUCACUGUGUGUCUGACCCUGACAGCCAAGCGCAUGGCGCGGAAGAACUGCCUGGUGAAGAACCUGGAGGCUGUGGAGACGCUGGGCUCCACCUCCACCAUCUGCUCUGACAAGACGGGCACCCUCACCCAGAACCGCAUGACAGUCGCCCACAUGUGGUUCGACAACCAGAUCCAUGAGGCCGACACCACAGAAGAUCAGUCUGGGGCCACUUUUGACAAACGAUCCCCGACGUGGACGGCCCUGUCGAGGAUUGCUGGUCUCUGCAACCGUGCUGUCUUCAAGGCCGGGCAGGAGAACAUCUCUGUGUCUAAGCGGGACACAGCUGGUGAUGCCUCUGAGUCAGCCCUGCUCAAGUGCAUUGAGCUGUCCUGUGGCUCAGUGAGGAAGAUGAGGGAGAGGAACCCCAAGGUGGCAGAGAUUCCUUUCAACUCUACCAACAAGUACCAGCUGUCCAUCCACGAGCGAGAAGACAGCCCCCAGAGCCACAUGCUGGUGAUGAAGGGAGCCCCUGAGCGCAUCCUGGACCGGUGCUCCUCCAUCCUGGUGCAGGGCAAGGAGAUCCCUCUCGACAAGGAGAUGCAAGACGCCUUUCAAAAUGCCUACAUGGAACUGGGAGGACUAGGGGAACGUGUGCUGGGAUUCUGUCAGCUGAAUUUGCCUUCUGGAAAGUUUCCUCGGGGCUUCAAAUUUGACACAGAUGAGCUAAACUUUCCCACGGAGAAGCUCUGCUUCGUGGGGCUCAUGUCCAUGAUCGACCCUCCCCGCGCUGCUGUGCCGGAUGCUGUGGGCAAGUGCCGAAGUGCAGGCAUCAAGGUGAUCAUGGUGACUGGGGAUCACCCCAUCACAGCCAAGGCCAUUGCCAAAGGCGUGGGCAUCAUCUCAGAGGGCAAUGAGACCGUAGAGGACAUUGCAGCCCGGCUCAACAUCCCUGUCAGUCAAGUCAACCCCAGGGAAGCCAAGGCAUGUGUGGUGCAUGGCUCUGACCUCAAGGACAUGACUUCAGAGCAGCUCGAUGAGAUCCUCAAGAACCACACUGAGAUCGUCUUUGCCCGGACCUCUCCUCAGCAGAAGCUCAUCAUUGUGGAGGGAUGUCAAAGGCAGGGAGCCAUCGUGGCAGUGACAGGGGACGGGGUGAACGACUCCCCUGCACUGAAAAAGGCAGACAUUGGCAUUGCCAUGGGUAUCUCUGGCUCUGACGUCUCCAAGCAGGCUGCCGACAUGAUCCUGCUGGAUGACAACUUUGCUUCCAUCGUCACUGGUGUGGAAGAGGGCCGCCUGAUCUUUGACAACCUGAAGAAAUCCAUUGCCUACACCCUGACCAGCAACAUCCCUGAGAUCACCCCCUUUCUGCUGUUCAUCAUUGCCAACAUACCCCUGCCUCUGGGCACCGUGACCAUCCUCUGCAUUGACCUGGGCACAGAUAUGGUCCCUGCCAUCUCCUUGGCCUACGAGGCAGCUGAGAGUGACAUCAUGAAGCGGCAGCCACGAAACUCCCAAACAGACAAGCUGGUGAACGAGAGACUCAUCAGCAUGGCCUAUGGACAGAUCGGGAUGAUCCAGGCCCUGGGGGGCUUCUUCACUUACUUCGUGAUCCUGGCAGAGAAUGGUUUCCUGCCAUCACGGUUGCUGGGAAUCCGCCUUGACUGGGAUGACCGGUCCAAGAAUGACCUGGAGGACAGCUAUGGACAGGAGUGGACCUACGAGCAGCGGAAAGUGGUGGAGUUCACGUGCCACACGGCCUUCUUUGCCAGCAUCGUGGUUGUGCAGUGGGCUGACCUCAUCAUCUGCAAGACCCGCCGCAACUCAGUCUUCCAGCAGGGCAUGAAGAACAAGAUCCUGAUUUUCGGGCUCUUGGAGGAGACGGCGCUGGCUGCCUUUCUGUCUUACUGCCCGGGCAUGGGUGUGGCCCUCCGCAUGUACCCGCUCAAGGUCACCUGGUGGUUCUGUGCCUUCCCCUACAGUCUCCUCAUCUUCGUCUAUGAUGAGGUCCGCAAGCUCAUUCUGCGGCGAUAUCCUGGUGGUUGGGUAGAAAAGGAGACGUACUACUGAGCUCAUUGGAAGAAGAACCACACACCGGAAAGAUGGGGUGCCCUGGAAGUGUUGCAGGGAUGGCCAUGCAAAGGGGUGGAAAAAACUGGGAAGAUUUAGGGAGAAACAAUGAGGCAAACCAAUAGGCUAAGUUGGUGGGAGGCAACUAAGCUUGGAGUGAUUGCCCCAUUGAGCUAACUGUGAACAAUCAGAUUAGACACUACCUGUUUGGGUCCCCUCCCCAGACCCUGCCUUACCCCACUACAUCUAUUUUUUUCUGAGGAAUUGAGGGUCACUCCAGCUGCCCCUCCCCCAUUCCCUAUCCCUUCACCCACUACUAGGGAUCCUACUGGAAUAGACCAAUAGCCAAAUGCAUGGGCCUGUCUAAACCAGAAGUUUAGCCUUCAGAUCACCAAGUAUCCCUUUAUCUCUCCAGCCCACUCCUUUUCUUCCUGCCAAACACAGUUCCCUUCACUUCCCCCUCAGACCUUGAAAUCACAAAGGGAUCCUGCUGCUAAGUGCAAGGGCCUGAGGCCAGGGAGCGAAGCUCCUGGGAAGAGGCCAGUUAGCAACCUCCUAACCUCAAGAGGAACGCUAGGCAGCCACCUGGGAUGUUAGGGGACAGCCAGAGGAGGGAAACCACAAAGAAAGAGAGACCAAAAAAGGAAAGAGAGAGCGCCAAUGACGGAAGGUCAUUUGACAUGUCUGGAGUUUCCAGAUAGAUGUCGUGGGCUCCAGCUCUGCAUCCUGCCCCUUUAGAGUACCCUGCCAGCACACCAAAUUCAGAUCUCAUCAGAGUAGCAGUGGACGCCGCACCGGAAGGCAGUCCAGGUUGCUUCCCUGACAUUCCACACCCGUCUGCCACAGAGCUCUCCAGUGCCUUGGUUAGUGGUCCAUUUGGUCCAUGAGGCCCAGAUGUCACAGAAGCGCAAUGUGCUUGAUAACACCUCACCUUUUUGAACGAUAAAUCCUCAGAGGCUCCAAGUGGUUGUUCCAAGAUCGCUGCCAAUUCAUUGCCAGCUCCUCCCAGCCCUUUCACCUUUAUGCCCAUCCUGAUGAACGCACAUCAUUCCCAGACAUUGCCAAACCAGUCCUGGAAAAGGAGUUCCUUGGCCAUCAGCUGGAAUUGGGGUGGAAAACUCUCCCAGAACCUUUCUGUCUUCCCGGGACAUGCAAAAUCAGCUUAGGUCAUGAAUGUGGUCAGAACCUUUGGGCAACAAGUGGAAAAACAUUGUUAGGUGACUCACCUUGGACUUUUCAGAUAUCAGGACUGUUUCUCCUAGGAGAAUACCCUUCAUGCAAAUAAUCAUUAUGCCCCGUUUCCCUGAGAUGGGGAGUUGGUUUUAGAUCCCUUACCCCCUCCCCACCUAACACUUUUGCUCCACCAGCAGCUCUGCCCAUUCUCUAGGCCUGACUUAGAAGGCAAUGGGAAUGUUUGGUAGAGACCAGGAUGAGCCAAGCAAGAGAGAGACCUCAGGGAAACCAAAGGCCUAAGGCAGAAAGGAAGGAAGCACAAAGAACAAACAUUAGGUCAGAUCCAUCAACAGUUUCCCAGGGCUGCUGUUUCAUUGCACUGGAAUUUUACUUUAUCAGAAGGACCUUGAAAUAAGCGAGUCAUUGCCUUGGGCUUGGAAAUAUAAAUGGGAAACCAUAUUAAUUCAGACCUGAGUAAAUUGAGAUUAUUGCCUGGACAAAAGUUCAUCUCUGCACAAUCAAUAAAAAUGGCAUUUGUUUAGUAAAGUAAGAAGAUAAACAGUAUUACUAGGGAUGACAUAGUCUACCCGAAACAGAUACUUUUCAGGCACUUUAGGAAUAUCCAUUUAGAAGUAGAGAUUGCAUGAGCUAAUUAUCAUUGAUCCUUAUAUAUUUGUUAAAGAAGCAUCUACAGGACCUUUACUUGGUGACCUUUUGUAAGACAUUAGUUUGAGGCACUACAUAUAUACUUGAAAAUAAUAAAGUUGCAUUUCCUUAUGAAAAAAAGAAAUCCCUUCCAUAAUUCAGAUCUCUAUAAUUCAUAUUUUCUUUCCUCCCAAAUUGUGGUAAGUAUUAAAAUUUGUGUUGGGGAGGGGGUGGAAUUGGCUUGUAGAGGACAGAGCUUGAGGAAGAGAUGAUGAUGGAGAGCUAGAGCGCAAGAAGCAAGGUUGCAAAGUGACCUAGAAGAAACUAAACUAGGGGCCUCCUUUCUCAUGGUUGAUCCUACCCCAAGAGUCACAAAGAUUUGUCCAGGACAGGGAAGGGCCUGCGAGUCCAUUUGGGCCCAAAUCCUUAGGGCCACUUAUGGUUUUCUGUGCCAGACCAAAAUGAGACCACCAUCAAGCUGAGAGGGUAGCCUGACAGAGCACGGCAGUCAACACUGACAGUCUAUAUUGUGUGCAGAACCAACUCCUGGAUGGAAUGUGAUGGGCAGGAGGGAGUUGGAGGGAGGGAAGCUUGUGUCUUGGAGAUGGAGGGGUGAAUGGGCACCGUGCACUCCUCCAGAGGUCUUUGGAAAUAGGAUAGAGGAAAACACCAACUCUUACAAUCCCAUGCAAAGGUCUUGGAAAGCCAGACGGAAGUCAGUUCUUGGCUGAGCCAUAUCUUGGCCUCUUCAUUACAAAUCUAACAGUGGUACUGCUGGUGGUGAUGGUGAUGGUGCUGGUGGAGCAUCCAUUAACAGCAGCAAUAUCAGUACUGAGUGCUCACUUUGUGCCGAACUAUGUUAAACCCUUAUUUGCAUGAUCUCAUGUAAUUUGCAUAAUCUCAUGUAAUCUCACCUCAAGGCCUUAGUUCUUAAUAGUCCCUCUGCCAGGAACACUUUUCUCUAGUUGUUCACAUGUCUGGACAUCCUUACUUCAUCCAGAUCGCUCCUUAAAUGUUACCACCUCAGAAAGGCCUUCAUGGACCACCCCAAAUAUAACAGCACCCCUGGCACCUCAAA